AUGAAACAAGGUCUCGUGAAUGACGAGGACAUGAUCAGUCGCUUGCCUGAAGAACUGAUUCUGCAUAUUCUGUCCUUCCUUCCAACCCAAGGUGCGGUAGCCACAAGUGCUCUGGCUAAGCAAUGGAGGUCUCGUUGGAAGAUGGUGCCUGUGCUCGACUUUGAUUACGAAAGUGAUUGUCAGAGUGGAGACGAGACAUUCCCAGAGAUGGUCUGCAGGGUUCUGCUUUCGCAUGAAGCUCCCGUGCUAGAGCGUCUGCGUGUCAGGGUUUUGUUCGAGGAAUGCGGUGCUACGGCUAUCGGGACGUGGGUCGGUAUCGCAUACGCACGCCAUGUGCGUGAGCUGUAUCUCGACGUUUCCUCUGCUAAAGAGUCGUAUUUCAAAUUUCCUAGAAGCCUCUACAAGUGCGAAACGCUAGAGACCUUGAAGCUCCGGAAUCGUGUCCUUGUACAUGUCCCUUGUGCUUCCGCUGCUUGUCUCAAGUCUCUUAGAAACUUGCAUCUUUCUUAUGUGGACUACGAAGACGAGGCGUCAUCCCUUGGUAACCUUUUAGCCGGUUGCCCUAAGCUGGAAAAUUUGGAAGUGUCUCGACGAUAUUCAAGGGAUGUGGAGACUUUGAUCGCGGUUCCAUCUUUGCAGAGGCUGAGAAUUGAUGAUUUAAAUCACUGGCACGGGCUUGGAGGCGGCUAUAAUGCAACGGAGCUGGUGGAGGCCAAAAUUAGUCAUGUCUCCAACAUAGUUAACGACAACAUUGUGGGAUCUCUCACAUCAGCCAAACGUCUUUGCUUGAAUUUGUCACUCGAGAAAAUUACAUUUCCUAUGAGUAGUAUCUUCUAUCAGUUGGUAUAUUUGGAGCUAGGGUUAGCUAGUGCCGGCUGGCGGAAUUUACUUGUGCUCAUGCUCGAUAGGUCUCCGAAAUUACAAGUCCUCAAGCUCAACGGUCGUUGGCGUUAUGAUCGCAUAGAUGAUUUGGACGAAGAGGAAUGGAGUCAACCGAAGAAUGUUGCUGAAUGUUUGUUGUUCAGUCUCGAGACAUUUGUGUGGAAAUGCCGCAGAGAGCGACUAGAAGAGGGGAAAGAGGUGGCCGAAUACAUACUGAGAAAUGCAUGUCGUUUGAAGAGAGCAACGGUUUCCAUACAAGGCCUUAACUCGGAAGAGAGGCUUGAUUUGCUUGAGGAGAUGGAAUGUGUGGUCAGGGCCUCGACUUCUUCUUGCCAGCUUCUUCUGCUCGACUGA